AUGCCGUGGGCCAACCGGGCUCCGUUCCAAAGAAUGCUCGCACUUGGUUUGGAGAGUGCCUUGCCCACGUUUGAGAUUACCAGCAGCAUAUUGACGGUCGACGUCGGUUCGUGUUGUCGGUUGACAAAACCACCAAACGUUGGGCCGACGACUGCAUCCAGUCCAUCGCAAACCGCCGGUCCGAUUCCGUCUGGCCGACGCCUUCCUGCUCUUGCCGUCGCUGCCAUCACCGUGGGUGGAGCCCUACUUCUUCUGGCCGUCAUUUGCUCCCUCUUUGCCUGCCGGCGCCGGGCCGUGAAACGCGGACGAAAAGAGAAGAUGCACCGCGAUGUCAAGGAGUACGCCGUUGCUACCGCCAGACCAGGCACGCCUCCAUCUCAGCCGGCAUCACCAUCACUCCUCUCCCCGCUGUCGACACGGGCGCUCCUUGACCAAAGACUCUGCCGAGAGGAGCUUGGACUCUCCAGCCCGCCGCAGCCUCAUCAGAACUGGCCACAAUCUCCGUUCAACCGGCGGAGCGUCGACACCAUCUUCGCCCUCCGUUUCUACAACAGCCCUGAGCCCGAACAUCACUUGCAGGCCCCGUCCAUCGCCGAGUUGCCCGCAACACCCCGUCACCGGCCGGUUCCAGCUCCGCCCCCGACGCCGCCGACAUCAACAACACCGCCCCUACAAACACAGGCAUUUCCAAGGCAAAAACAAAUUCCACAGACAGCAACGCGCCUCCAAUCAAAGGGCGAGCCAUGGGCCAGCGUGCUACCCCCGACAAUGCCGCCUCUACACAUGAAGCCAUACCCAGGACGAAGACGAGCUCCGCAAAGAACAGUGUACCUCAACCCGGCCGGCGAGCCAUGGGUGAACGUGCCUCCCCCGGCCGUCCCACUCCCAGCACCGCCCCCGCCGAAACGGCCGCCCCCCCGAUUUCCGGAGACCCAGGCGCGGCCUACCUUCUCGCUGUUCCCACCGCCUCCCAAUCACCAUCACCACCAACCGCCAAUCCAGUCAAGGCCAAGACCAAAGCUACGCGUCCCCGCCCAGAACCAGAACACCUCAGCCAAUAACAGUCCCGUCAACCGUAACUUCUCCCGCCCUUCCCCCAUUGCCAUCCUGCCUCCCACCACAGUCCUGACAUCGACGCUCGGACCAAAUAGCGCCCCACUUCCAGUUUCGAGUCUACACUCGGGUGCCGGUUCAGGCACGAGGCUGUCGACGAACCAGAUUCCUCCCUCGACGGCGGCUGAGCGUAGGAGAACGCCCGCUGUGACGACACAUUAUCCUCCGCUGCCGGGCCAGGAGGACUGUAGUGCCGGCGGGAGGAAGUCGUUGCCUAGUCGGUUAUGGGAUUGGAGGGGCGGGCUGGGAUUUGGAACGUGGAAGUGGGAUAUGGAUUUUGGGGAAAAGGUGUGGGUGCAUGUCGGAUGAGGCAUGUUCAUGUAUGG